AUGCGCUACCUCUGGAUCUUUUCCGCCCUCGUCUUGGUUGGCAACGCCACCACUCAAGAUACCACCGACGAGGACUCACCUGACAUCGAAGCAAACCGCUUCAUCAUUGAAUUCGCCAGCGGCACCCGCACCAAAACCAAGCGCGACGAACUCUCCUCCUCCACAGGAAUCCGCGUCCUCAAAACCUACGACUCACCAGUCUUCUCCGGCGCGAGUCUAGAGACAAACAACCACACCCUCGAAUCCCUCCUCGUCCUCCCAGACGUCGUAGCCGUCUGGCCAAACCCGCAAGCAACCCUCAUCGCCCCCGUUAAGCGCCAAGUCGCCGUCGACCCCAGCGCGGCAGCAUCGCAUGCAGUCCACUGGGCCACUGGCGUCGAUAAACUCCACGAACAAGGCGUCCGCGGCCAGGGCGUGAAAGUUGGUAUCGUCGAUACGGGGGUAUGGUACAGACACACCGCCCUCGGCGCCGGCUUCGGUCCCGGGUUCAAGGUUGCUGGCGGCUGGGACCUCGUCGGUGACGGAUGGGCCGUCGGUACCGAGAAGAAGCCUGACGCGGAUCCGGCUGAUGAGCAAGGGCACGGAACGCAUGUUGCGGGGGUCCUUGCUGGGGAGGACGUUUCUUCUGGGUGGGUUGGUGUUGCGCCGGACGCGAGUUUGUAUUCAUACAAGGUCUUUGGGCCGGGCGAUGGGACGGACCAGGCGACUAUUAUCGACGCUUUCCUCCGUGCGUACGAUGAUGGAAUGGAUGUCAUUACCGCUAGCAUCGGCGGCCGAGGAGGGUUCGCAAACAAUGCCUGGGCCGUUGUCGCGAGCCGGAUCGCUGCUGAGGGCGUGGUCGUCACCAUUGGCGCCGGGAACUCGGGGAACGGAGGGGCGUAUUACGCCAGCACGGGCAGCUCGGGGGAAAAUGUGCUGAGCGUCGCGAGCGCGGAGGUGAAGCGCGAUGAGGCGACGGGGGAAAAGGUCCUGCGGCCGUCGUAUUUCACGAGUUGGGGCGGGUUGUAUGAUUUGUCUGUCAAGCCAGAUGUUGCUGCGCCUGGGACGGAUGUGUUUAGUACCUGGCCUGGCGGGGAUCAUAAAGAGUUUGUGUUGCUGUCCGGGACGAGUAUGGCUACGCCGUAUAUUGCUGGUGUAGCGGCGUUAUAUAUCUCCAAGCAUGGCGGGAGGAGUGUUCACGGUAAAAGAUUCAUCUUUGAGGUGCCCAAGGGCGUCAACCAGACAGCACUCCCAGCAUACGGUGGUCGCCUCUUGGUCAAGGGCAGCAACGGGGAGUCUGUCGGCGUUCCAUACCAAGGUCUGACUUUCGACUUGCAGAAGCAGAUGGAGAGUCCCUUUCAUGGGACCUACCCAUGGUUGAGGUCGACGAGCGCGUAUAGCAACAAGACGACUUUCAGCUUUGAACUUGCCAGUGGUAUCCAAGACUUUCCCAUGAUGUUUAUGAAGGUCAAAUGGGGCACAAGAGAGGUGCGGUGGGAUAUCUAUGAGUCCGACUUCGACGACGCCACAGACUGGGAAUACCCUCCCGUAUCCGGACGACAAGGCUACAUUGGCUCAGCCACGUCCUGGGCGUCUGCUGGUAAGACGUCGAGCUUCAACCCCGCUCGUCAUAACGCCAGCGAUACUUUCUCGUUUCCAGAGACUGAUGUCGCGAGAAAUGCGCUGACGACGGGCGGAUUCACGACGGCGUACUAUUGGUUUGGCAAGUUGGGCGACGGAAGUGUCAUGACACCAGGCAACUACACGUGA